AUGGAUGUUUUAAAUCUCUACGUUUAUCGAAUUAUGGAUCAUCAAAAUGACCGGACGCUAUUUUGUUCAAUGCAAAAUAUUUGUCGACGGCUCAAUCAGAUCCUGAGUACUUACCAGCGAUAUCAAACACUCACCACACUUAACCUCUACUACAACAAAAUCGGUGCUGAAGGAGCACAACACCUUGCGAAUGCGCUCCGAACGAAUACGACACUCACCACACUUGACCUCAGUUGUAACCGAAUCGGUGCUGAAGGAGCACAACACCUUGCGAAUGCGCUCCGAACGAAUACGACACUCACCACACUUGACCUCAGUUGUAACCGAAUCGGUGCUGAAGGAGCACAACACCUUGCGAAUGCGCUCCGAACGAAUACGACACUCACUACACUUGACCUCUAUAAGAACGAAAUCGGUGCUGAAGGAGCACAACACAUCGCGGAUUCGUUGCGAACGAAUGCGACACUCACCACACAUAAUCUCAGUUCGAACCAAAUCGGUGAUGAAGGAGCAAAACACGUUGCGGAUGCGUUGCGAACGAAUACGACACUCACCACACUUGCCCUCACUUGGAACCAAAUCGGUGUUGAAGGAGCAAAACACAUUGCGGAUGCGCUGCGGACGAAUACGACACUCACCACACUUGACCUCACUUGGAACCAAAUCGGUGCUGAAGGAGCACAACAUAUUGCGGAUGCGCUCCGAACGAAUACGACACUCACCACAUUUCACCUCCACGACGACGAAAUCGGUGAUGAAAUAGCUCAACAUAUUGCAGAUGCAUUGGGACGGAACAUAGUAAGAGCGCCAAAAUGGUAUAGAUCUGGCUUUAAAUUCAAUCGGAGAACAAGUGGUCGUGGAUCUGAGGACACUUUGUGUAGAUCGGAUCUUUUUCGAUUGAGACUUCAGAAGAUAUCAUUUGUUGUGUGA